AUGAACCAGCACACGCCUCACAGUCAACAGAGUACCCUGCUUUCUAUGCCAGACUUUCCACCUCAGCAGAAGGGCCAAGGUACCCAGGCUUCAGACGUAUCUAUGUCAGACUUUUCUGGCAUGGAUAGCCACAUGGACGACAUCCAUCAUAGUGAAGGGCUGCAGGCUACAAGCUCAAGUGCUUUCCAAGGAUCCAGUUCAGCAUCUUUCCAAGGAUCCAGUGCAGGUACUUUCCAAGGAUCCAGUGCAGGUACUUUCCAAGGAUCCAGUGCAGGUACUUUCCAAGGAUCCAGUUCAGAUGCUUUUCAAGGAUCCAGUUCAGCAUCUUUCCAUGGCUCAAGUUCAAGAGGUUUCCAUGGACCAAACCAAAGUCCAUUCCAAGGGUCUUGUUCAGGUGGUUUCCAAAGAACAGGUUCUGCUACGUUUCAGACUUCAACUUCUGCAGGAUCAGUUUCAGGUGCUUCUCAAAGUUCUGAUGCUUCUCAUGCCAGACACCAUGAAACUCAGCAGGGCAAUCAGGAUGAGGCCGGCAAAGAACAAUCAAGUCAAGUCCAGUCCAGUUCCUCCAUCAACAUCACCUUCAUCAGCAACCCUUGUCAAGGGGAGAGCCAGGUGCAGGUUCUCACCAUGGACGAAGAUGGAAUCCUGGUGUACAGGAAGCCAGAGCAAGACUGGUCACAGAGCCACAGUAGGAGUCCAGAAGAUGGCGUGAGUCCAACCGCAGCCCAGCAAAAAGUAACUAACGUCCAGCCUCCAGUUCCGCAGGACAACACAGCUUAUAAUCUCCAGAUGCUUGGAGAUGUUGCUCUGCUCGGACAGAAUCUUUCCCGAGCCCAGUCCAGUUCUGUGUUCGGUGACAAUGGAAAAGUGAUGCAAAAUCUUUGA